UCCCGCCUAACACUUUCCAUCAGGCGCAUAACUUGCAAAUAACCUAAUAUUCAUCUCAUAGUAUCAGUGUAUCACAGAAAGAGGCGAAAAUUUUAGGGCUUGUUCUUGGAAGCUUGGAUGGCUACGUUUCACCGUCCUUUCAAAAAGACUGUGGUGCCUGCUGCAUUUGCGCACCUUAACAGCAAAGGAAAUCGAGGCAAAGGAGAUGGUAAGGGAAAAGCAGUAGAAGAAAAUGUUAAGAGAAGAGUGGUAGGAGAAGAAAAUAGUAAGAGAAAAGUAGUAGGACAAGUUGUGGAUAAAGGUAAGAGAAAGGCAACAGGGGAUGGUUCUAGGGAGAGAGAAGCUGCUAAAAAAAUGAAGGCAGCAGGGAAAGAUUCUAGGGAAAGAGAAGCUGCUAAAAAAAUGAAGUCAACAGGGGAGGGUUCUAGGGGAAGCAAGGUUGUGAAAAAAGGUAAGGCAACAUGGGAGGGUUCUAGGGGAGGCGGGGUUGUGAAAAAAAGUAAGGCAACGGGGGAGGGUUCGAGGGGAAGCGAGGUUGUGAAGAAAAGUAUGGCAGCAGGAAAGGGUUCUAGGGGAAGCGAGGUUGUGAAAAAAAGUAAUGUAGGAGGAGAAGGAUUUAGAGGAAGAGAAGUUGGGAACAAAGGGAAGGAAAUAGGAAAAGGAUUUAGGGGAAACAAAAUGGGCAGAGGUAAUGGGGGAAGGGGUAGCGUAGAAGAGGAUGAUGACAGUGAUAGCGAUUUUGAGUAUGAGAGUGAGAAUGAAGAACUUGAUGAGAGUGAUGAGGAGAUUGACACCGGAGACGAGAGUUGGGAUGAUGAUGAUAUGGAGGGUUCGGAUGAUGAUGACAUGGAGAGUGGGGAUGACGAUUCGAUAGAGGGUGGGGAUGAUGAUGAUAACAUGGAAGGUGAGGAUGAGAUGGGGAAUGAUGAGGCUACUAAGGGGAGAGCUGCACGAAGCGUGUGUUAUGGACAUUAUAAAAAACCACCAAAGAAAGGACAACCCAAGCUUGGCGUGGUGGAGUUUAUUGAUGAAAAAACUAUAAAACAGCCCAAAUACAAAAGGACCUUGAAAGCAAUAAUGAGAGCUGAAUGGAAAUAUGAGACAGCCUUUGAAAGAGGACGAAAACGAAAUGCCUUUCUAGAUAAAUGUGUUAAAAAGUUUAGGAGAUACUACUAUUAUCCUGAAGACUACACAGUGGAAGAAGGAAAUGCAGUGGUUAAAGAGCAUUUAAAAAGAAACUUGAAGCAGAAUAUGUUCAUUUGGAAGAGGGAUGCUAAUGAACAGGUUAAGGAAGCUCUUGAAAAUGGAAAGGAGGCAGACCGACUUAUGUUCAAGCCCCAUUAUCUUGAAGAAGAUGCAUGGAGGGGUUGUUGCGACUACUGGGAUUCAACAGGGCAUAAGAAAAUGUCAGAGACCAACAAGGAGAAUCGGACAAAAUUGAAGUUCCCGCAUGCUAGUGGGGCGAAGCCAUUUGAAGAACGACGCCUUGCCAAGGAGUUAGAAACGGGCGAGGUUAUGUCUGAAUUGGAGCUGUUUAAUAUUGUUUACACAAAGAAGCAUGCAGAACUGAUGAAAAUAAAGGAGGCAAUGGAGCGUGCUGCGGAGGAAUUUGCUUCUCAAACUGAUCCAGAUGAGCCACCUCCAUCUCCUGCCACCUGCAGAAAGAGAAAUAUAUUAAUUUCUCUACGAGCUCGUAAGUUGAACAAAGGAAAGAUAUUUAUGAACCCAAACAAGACUGUUCAAGAUGUUCUAGGGCCUGAGGAGGCAGCCAAAUGGACCACCUUGUCUACUCCGGCCCGUAUACCAAACCAUGCAUAUGAUAUGAUGGGUAGAGCACUAAAUGAGGUGACUGAUAUGGUCCAGGCCAUGGAUGGGAUGAAUGAGAUCCCACGAUCCCGCCUCGAUGAUGAGUUAAAAAAAUUAGCUGAUGGUGCAUAUCCAAGCAAGGAUGAUCCUGUGCAGAGGCUAUUAUGGGACCAAUAUAUAAAGGUUGCAGCAAGUUUGGCUUGUUCUCAAUUCGAGAGAUUCAAAAAGGUCAUCAUUGAGGAUACCCAGGAGGAUGGAACUGAAAAUGGACAUGAUAUGGAAGAUGAUGAAGGAAAUGAGAAUGGGCAGAACAUGGAUGAUGAAGCAGGAAAUAUGGAUGAUGAUGGAGGAAGCAUGGAUGGACAUUAUAGUGAUGAAGAUGGCAGCUUCAACAACACUCAACUCAGCCCUUAGUUUAUGUGAACUUUCUAGUAGUCUAUCCCUACGUGGAAUUAGAAGUUAUGCUUUUGUGAAGUCUAGUAAUCCUUAUGUGAAUUUUACCAAGUACUCUAGUCUCUUUAUGUAUUAGAAGAAUAUUCUGGCUUAAUGUUGAACUACUUUUGCUUUUGGUAUUCAAAUAUCUCUGUUACUAUAAAUUA